AUGCACCUCCUGCCUCGAGAACGCGACAAACUUCUCCUGCACUCAGCCGGCUCCCUUGCCCAAAAACGCCUUGCUCGUGGACUACGACUCAACCAAACGGAAGCAACCGCACUCAUCGCUCUCGUCCUCCAAGAACGCGUCCGCGAUGGAGAACAUUCCGUAGCCGAACUAAUGCAACAUGGAAAAACUCUCCUCGGUCGAUGUCACGUUCUACCCGGAGUAGCCGAAUUACUCCACGAAGUGAUGGUCGAAGGCUGUUUUCACGAUGGAACGUUUCUUGUCACCGUCCAUCAACCCGUUUGCACCGAAAGAGGUGAUAUUGAAGCCGCGCUGUAUUCCAGCUUUUAUCCUUCUCCGAACGCGAGCGUGUUCGAGAGGGAGAUCGAAGCGGAGAGGGCGCUAGUCAAAGCGACUGGCAAGAGCGAGGUUCUACCUGGUGCGAUGGUGACAAAGGAGGGUGCAGAGGCGAUACAGUUAUGUCCAAACAGAGAGAGGGUGAAUGUGAAAGUGACAAAUACGGGAGAUAGACCGAUCCAAGUUGGAUCGCAUUAUCCUUUCCUCGAAACGAAUGCAGCUUUGUCUUUCCCGAGAUUGUUGGCUUUGGGCAAGAGAUUGGAUAUUGCGGCAGGCACCGCGAUUAGGUUCGAACCGGGCGAUAGUAAGACUGUUACACUGGUGGGAAUAGGCGGGACCAAGAUCCUCGCUGGUGGAAACAAUCUAGCUUCUGGACCCCUCGACGAGUUUCUCGCUACGAGCGAGAGCAAGCAGGCCUUGGUGAAACGAAUCGAAGCAGAAGGAUUCUCAAAUGAGCCUAUCCCAGAGAUGGCAGACGAUUCCAACCCACCACCACCAUUCGAACUCAGUCGAGAUGCGUAUGCCGCAUUGUAUGGCCCAACAGUAGGCGACAAAGUUCGUCUAGCCGACAGCCCGCUCUGGUUGGAAGUGGAGAAAGAUUACACCGUGUACGGGGAUGAGCUUAAGUUCGGUGGUGGAAAAGUCAUUCGUGAUGGUAUGGGUCAAGCUUCUGGUCGACCCGAUAAAGCCGUGUUGGACGUGGUAGUGAUCAAUGCGCUCAUUGUUGAUUGGUGCGGGAUUGUCAAAGCAGAUAUUGGCAUCAGAGGUGGGCAUAUCGUGGGGAUUGGGAAGGCGGGUAACCCGGCGAUAAUGGAUGGAGUGGAUCCGAACCUUGUGGUUGGGUCUUGUACCGAAGUUAUUGCUGGUGAAAAGUAUAUCGUUACCGCGGGAGCGAUCGAUGCUCAUGUGCAUUACAUUUGUCCGGAUCUACACGAGGAGGCACUAGCGACGGGCAUUACAACUCUCAUCGGAGGAGGCACUGGUCCGACCGCGGGGACUAGUGCUACGACGUGUACUCCGGGGCAGGAUCAACUCAAGAACAUGAUGAUUGCAACGGACAACGUUCCAUUGAACUUUGCGUUUACAGGUAAAGGCAACGAUUCGGGUUUGGCGGGGUUGGAAGAUCAGAUUAAAGCCGGUUGUGCAGGUUUAAAAAUUCACGAGGAUUGGGGAGCAACACCUGCAGUCAUCGAUGCAUGUUUGACGGUGUGCGAUAAGUAUGAUGUUCAGUGUAACAUUCAUACGGAUACGUUGAACGAGAGUUGCUUUGUCGAAGGGACUCUGGCAGCAUUUAAGGGGAGGACGAUUCAUACUUAUCAUUCGGAAGGUGCCGGUGGUGGGCAUGCUCCCGACAUCAUCCGGGUUUGCGGAGAAACCAACAUCCUACCCUCCUCAACGAACCCCACGAGACCUUAUGCGAAGAACACCCUGGAUGAACAUCUGGAUAUGCUGAUGGUGUGUCAUCAUCUCAGUAAGGAUAUCGUGGAGGAUGUGGCGUUUGCGGAUUCGAGGAUUAGGGCGGAGACGGUGGCUGCCGAAGACGUGUUGCAGGAUAGUGGCGCUAUCUCCAUGAUCAGUAGUGAUUCGCAGGCUAUGGGUCGGAUUGGAGAGGUUGUUUCGAGGACUUGGAGGACUGCUAGUAAGAUGGCUGGCUUGAUUGGACCAUUGCGAGUGCCGGAAGGGGGAGUGCGGGGGGAAGGUGGAUUUAGGGUGCCACAUCCGAGUGAAGCUGUUUCGGACAAUCUGAGGAUUAAGAGAUACGUGGCAAAGUAUACGAUCAAUCCGGCUCUCGUUCAUGGUUGUUCGCAUCUGAUUGGGUCGAUCGAGCCAGGCAAGCUGGCUGAUCUGGUUUUCUACUUGCCGAGCAAGUUCGGUGUCUGCCCGGAAUUCGUUUUGAAGGGUGGACAGGUGGCGUGGGCGCAAAUGGGUGAUGCAAAUGCUUCCAUUCCAACGGUGCAGCCGAUCUAUGGAAGAGGCAUGCAUGGUGCGAACGCCAAUGCUGCGCCGCACAAUUCGGUGCUUUUCGUCUCUCAGCUUUCCGUUGAGCACGGUAUUGUGAAGCGUUACGGAGUCACCAAGAGGGUCGAGCCGGUGAAAGGAUGCAGGAAAGUUAGUAAGAAGGAUAUGAAGCUCAACACGCAUAUGCCUGAUCUCAAGGUCGAUCCGGAGACGUAUGAAGUGACGGACGCGGGGAUAUUGUUGACUGUUCCGCCUGCGGAGGAGCUGCCUUUGACUCAGAGUUUGCAUCUGUUCUAG